AUGAAAAAGUUCUACGUUAAGAUCAUAUGCUUCAGAAAACUUAAAUAAACUAUCGCAUUCAUUUAUAACAGAUAUUGGGAUCAGUUUUAACAAUCUCAAUCAUUGAAUUUUGGUAGGUUUAUCUAAAAUCAGUUAUUCUUAAAUGAAUAAGAAUCUCAAUAAAAUGUCAUUUUAAAAUAAAAACAGGAUAAAAGUUUUCAUUUUGCAUUAGAGAAUCUUAAUAAAGGAUCAACCAAUAAAAUUUCUAACUGA